UAUUGGGCUCGUCUAAUAUUAUGUAACCUAAUGUUUACUUUUAAAUAAAAAAAGUGUUAACAUAUCAGAAUUAGAUUAAUUUACUAAACCUAUUUAUCUUUGUACAUGUUUUUAAGGCUAUAAAUUGGCUCAAGUUGGAAUUUAUUUACGCGAGAACAUGCUGGGAACAUCCCUGCCCCUCUGAGCUGUGCACGGGUGUGGGGGUGUUAUUUUCCUUGGCUUGGGAUUUGCUGGUCGGUGACAUGCCUCCCUCCGCCUGGUUCCUUAUAGCCCCGUGGAGGCAGGAAUCCCAAAUGAGUGGUACGGACAUCGCCGACCGCAACCGCAAACACGAAGCGUGUUUCCACUUUAAACACAGUCUUAUGACCGCUUCAGAGAGAAGAACGGAGGACCGACACAGAGACUGACACCCGGGAACAGCAGAGGGGUGACUCAGUGACAAGAACCCGGGAACAGUGACUAACGGGCGGGGACAACAGGGCACGACUAGAUUGCAUCCCCUGAAUGAUUCUCGGAAGUCCAGGAAAACAGCUGGAGCUAAACGGAUAUUAUCUCACCUGCCCGCAGGGUUUAGUUUUUGGGCCACCUGUUGCACCCAGUGGAUAUUUCCUCUCCUGCAGCACUGAGGACAUGCGUCGUCUGCCAGUGGCUUCACUCUUCAUCUGCUUCUGGUUGAUGGAGAGAUGCCACUGUAAUGGCAGCCUCCAGAACAGCAUGAGAGAGCUGCACAACAGGUUUGCCAUCAGCCUCUACCAGACACUCACUGAGACUGAGAACAGCUCCAACCUGAUUGUGUCGCCGGUGAGCGUCUCCUUGUCUCUGGCACUGCUGCAGCUCGGUGCCAGGGGCAACACGCGUGCUCAGCUGGAGGGAACUCUGGGAUACAACGUGAAUGAUGCUCAGGUACAAGACUUCCUGUUGCACACACAGGGCGACAUGGGCAACACUAGCCAGGGUGUGUGGCUGCAGCAGAGUUGCACAUUGUUCAUUCAGAGUGGCGUUGAGCUCCUGACUGAGUUCACACAGCAUGUAGCAGCCUGGGUCAACACCAGCGUGGUCCGAGCUAACUUCAGCCAACUUAGUCACGCUCAAAGCCAACCAGAGCGAGCAGGACACACCCACGAUGAGUCCUGGCCCAUCCAGUCUGGAAGCAGCAGUGGCGAGUUGUCAGGCUCCGGUGAGGCCCAGGCAGAAGCUCUGUGGUGGGGACACCGGCUGCAGGUGGCCCUGGUCAACGCGGUGGCAUUCAGGGGUGUCUGGCAAAAACAGUUCAUGUUCACUAACACCCAGAACCUGCCUUUCAUCCUGUCUGAUGGGAGCACCAUCAAGGUGCCCAUGAUGUAUCAGGCUGCAGAGGUCAGCUUUGGUCAGUUCAGAACAUCAUCUGACCAGCGCUACACGGUGCUGGAGCUGCCAUACCUGGGCCACUCCCUGAACCUACAGGUGGUCCUGCCCAGUGACAGGAAGACUCCGUUGUCCUCCCUCGAGUCCCAGCUCACCGCACGCCAGCUGGCAUCCUGGAACACUGGUCUGCGCAGGACCAAGAUGGACAUUUUUCUCCCCAGAUUCAGAAUGCAAAACAAGUUCAACCUGAGGUCAGUGUUUCCUGCUAUGGGCAUCAGUGACGCCUUUAACCCGACAGCAGCUGACUUCACUGGAAUAUCAGUGGAGGAGGGUCUUUAUUUGUCUGAUGCCUUUCAUGAAGUAAGAAUAGAAGUCACAGAGGAUGGGACAAAGGCAUCUGCUGCCACGGCUAUGGUGCUUCUCAAACGAUCCCGUGCGCCUGUUUUCAAGGCAGACCGACCAUUCUUAUUUCUACUACGACAGGUUAACACAGAUGGUUCUGCUUAGAGCUCAUUUGUGAAACCAGGGAACAUGCAAUUCUCAGACAUCAGAGAAUGGCAG